UAACGUUAAAACUAUCAAUCAAAUAAUACAAAAAAUUGUAAUUACCGUGUUAACCCCACUAUGGUAUCAUCGAUAUGUUGCAAUCGCCAACAAAAACAAAUACGUGAUCAUACAUACAUACAAACAAACGGCAAUUCUCUCGCUCUUUCUUCUUUAUUUUCUCUUCUUUUCUCACCAUCCAAUCACGUCUCUCUUUCAUGCAAAAGAAAGCUACAGCUCUCUUUCAUGCAUUGCAGACAUGAUGAAAUCAACACCUGCAAACCAAAAACCCUCCAUAAUCCGAUACUUCCUCUCCUCUCUCCUCCUCUCUAUCCCGUUCCUUCUCAUCUUCUUCUCUCUCCGCAAUCGAACCGCAACCACUGAACAACAACCGCCUGGUAUCAGGAUCCGACCCGGAUACGCCUCCUACGAUUCCUACAUACAGCGACAACUCAACAAAACUCUUAAUCCUAAGCUUCGAAAAAUAUGGACGACCCGUGAUUGGGACCGCAAAAUCCAAGUCUUCGCAGAAUUCUUCCACGAUUUGCAGAAGAGGAAUCUCCUCUUCAACGAUUCGAGAUCGCUAUGUAUCGGCGCGCGAGUCGGGCAAGAGGUGGAGGCGUUGAGGCGGGUGGGAGUGUCCGACUCGGUGGGAAUCGACCUGGUGCCCUACCCGCCGCUCGUGAUCAAAGGCGACUUCCAUCACCAGCCGUUCGAAGACGAGACUUUCGAUUUCGAGUUCUCGAACGUGUUUGACCACGCGCUUUACCCGCACAAGUUUGUUGGGGAGAUCGAGCGGACGUUGAAGCCAGGCGGAGUGUGUGUAUUACAUGUGGCUUUAUCUAGACGAUCUGAUAAGUACUCGGCAAACGAUCUGUUUAGUGUGGAACCUCUUGUGGAGAUGUUCAAGGAAUCGGAGAUGAUUCAUAGCAGGAAGGUUGACGGGUUCGGGUUGGAUACGGAGGUUGUGUUUAGAAAGAAGAACAACAAUAGUGCGAUCCAACGGUCGUGAUCAUUUUCAAAAUUCUAUUUUUUUAAAAUUUUAAUUUAUCAAAUUUUGUUUUAUUAUAGAAUACUAGUAAUUUGUCUUUUAGUGCUCCUCAAACAUUGCAUGAUACGCCUCUCUUUUUGUCAGAGAAGUCGUUACGCGUUUAAGCCGGCAUGGCAUUUGCAUCCAA